AUGUUCAGAAACGUCAUUUCUAAACAAAGAGGAGCAAUCCGUCAACAAAUCAGAACUAACCAUCACGGUCAUCAUCAAGAAUUACCACCAUGGGCUUUUGAACAAGCUUAUCCAAAAGGUGGUGACAAGAAAGCUGCUGAAGCUUUUAAAUCUCAUGCAAAACAUGAAAAAGAACAUGCUGAAGGUACUACAAAUUUAUGGAGAAAAAUCUCAUUCUUCAUUGCUGCUCCUGCUAUUGUUGCUACUGCUAUUAAUACAUAUUAUGUUGAAGCUGCUCAUGCUAAACAUCGUGAACAUUUAGCUCAUGUUUCUGAUGAAGAUUGGCCAAAACAAUAUGAUUUCCAAAAUAUUAGAUCAAAAUCUUUCUUUUGGGGUGAUGGUGAUAAAACUUUAUUUUGGAAUCCUGUUAUUAAUCGUCAUCCAAAAUCUGAUUAA